AUGAGCACCCUUGGCACUUCAGAGGCUUUGGUGGACAUGCUUUCUCCUGGAGAAGCCAACAUCCCCAACUACAGCUGUGGAAGGAAGGACAACACUUUGGCUUUUAUUGAUGGAGUUGAUGGUGACAGCUCCAUCCAGAUAUCAACUUUGAUAGGCACCUACAAAGUCCCACAGAUCCAGGAGGAGGAGGUGGAGGAGGGCAAAGAGAGUUUGGGUGCUUACAAGGCUGCAGUCAUGGCAGUUUCACCCACUUUUAGAGAAGAAAGUCUUCUGCAACUUUUCCUGGCUGAAACUAUCUGGCCUCAGAAUGAUAAUGUAGCACUUGGGGAUGAAGAUGCAGCCCAGCAGACCAGCAUUGGAGGCCAACAUGGAGAAGACCUGAACAGCCACCAUGUAUUUCCCUUUGGUGCUAAGUUCCAUCCCUUUCUGGAGAAGAAUGAUUUCUACAAUCUUUCCCAUUGGAAGCUCUACAUGGACCAAAAUGGAGAAGUAACGGCAGAUAUGGACAUCCAGUGCUUUGUUGUUUUGUCCAGUAAUAGUUUGACGAAAAUGAAAGUGGGAAUUAUAUCCUUUUUAUCUUAUGAAGAAACUCUGGGCAUCAUCCUGAUCUCUUUUGCCCUACUCUUGUUCUUAACCACAGGCUUUGUUUUAGUCAUAUUCCUUAAAUACCGAGCAACUCCCAUUGUCAGAGCCAACAACAGGGACCUCUCUUACAUCUUACUGGUUUCCCUUCUGCUUUGUUUCUUGACUCCUCUUCUCUUCAUUGGUCAACCAAGGAAAGCCACCUGCUUUCUCCAACAAACUAUUUUUAGCAUCAUCUUCUCCAUUGCCAUUUCUUCUCUUUUAGCCAAAACAAUCACAGUGGUGCUGGCUUUUCUGGCCACAAAACCAGGAAACCAAGUGAAAAGAUGGUUGGGGAAAAGCUUGGCCAACUCCAUCAUUCUUUCUUGUUCUGCUGUCCAAAUUAUCAUCUGUUCCAUCUGGCUGGGAGUUUCUCCCCCAUUCCCUGAUUCUGACUUCCAAUCUCAGCCUGGAGAGAUCAUCCUGCAAUGCAAUGAAGGCUCUGUUGUCAUGUUCUAUAUCACCCUCAGCUACAUGGGCUUCCUGGCUGCCAUCUGCUUUACAGUGGCUUUCCUGGCCAGGAAUCUGCCUGGGACCUUUAAUGAAGCCAAGCUGAUCACCUUCAGCAUGCUGGUUUUCUGCAGUGUCUGGGUGACUUUUGUACCCACCUAUCUGAGCACCAAAGGGAAAUACAUGGUGGGUGUUCAGGUCUUCUCCCUGUUGGCCUCCAGUGCUGGUCUCCUGGGCUGCAUCUUCAUCCCCAAGUGCUACAUAAUCAUUUUGAGGCCAGACCUGAACACAAAGGAGAAGCUUAUAACCAAGAGAAAUGUAGAAAUAUGA